AUGGGUAAUGAACACUCUGAAGUGGUCAGAACUGCAUCCUGUGGACGUGGAACACACAGCAGCUCGUCCACAACUAAGGAGUACACCGUGAAGAUCACUAGCGCUACAAUCAAUGAUGUUACGGAUUGGUGGUGUCAACUGAAUUCUGCAGGAACACGCAGUCCAAACAUUAGUCUGCAGUUCAGCAUUCCCGCUCCAGAGAGUCAGGUUUCAGAAUCGACCAUUAUCAUAAUAGUAGCAGUUGCUGUUCUAUUGGUCGUCGCUAUUGCAGUAUCUUGGUUCUGUUACAAGAGAAUGAAGCAGCAACCGAAAUCUAAGGAAGAGCAAACUGAAAACAAAACUCAAGAGGCUGAAGAUGAAAAGGGCCAACAUGACAAAUGACAAUCCUUCUUUCGGACCGAUGGAUUAAUCAAUUGUGAAGUCAUUUUAAUGGAGUCCAUGAACCAUUUGACCGAUUAAUUGAGUACACGUUUUAUGACGAGUACAGUUAUCCAUCACUAGUGAUUUUCGUAUUUAUGGAUCCACCAACCAUUUGACCGAUAAAUGCUAGUAACCAUUGUUGUACUACCCACGUAAUCCAUUUGCCUAACUGAGGGAGUACAUUUUUGAAGAUCAAGUACAGCACAUAAUAUUUCAAGUUGUUUUUCUUCUAGUUCUCUGGUGAUCAAUACACUAACAAAUGUAUUCAGUGUUUGUUUAAAUUACUCUUUAUUCCAACAUUGAAAUAAACAAUGUCUUUAAAACAUAGCAGGGGUUCAAAUACUAGUAUAGAGAAUCGGGUACCAACUGGUGACCA